AAAGAAGAACUUACCUUAUCCUUCGCGGAAGUGAGGCUGUGCGUUGAGCGACGACGUGAUUCAACAACUUUUGAACCAGUUUAGUCAGUUUUUGUUUCUUCGGUUGUAAUUGUGGUGUUUGUUAACUUUUCAGUUUUCUGUCGUGGUGGUCACAGUGGACAUUUGAGCAAAUUUUAAAGUUAUUUUACAGUGAAACUCCACAGCUCUUCCUCAGUUACUUCUGAAAGAAUGCUUUUUGGUGCAUAGCUGUAGACGUCCACAAUGAGUCUACGAUCCCUGUCACUGAGAGCUCUGCUGUUACUGGGGCUUUGGCAGACUGGGAGAAGAAGUUUAGCCUCAGCUCCAGAGCUGAAAGAGCAACCCAAAAAAAUAGCCAUAGUUGGAGCAGGAAUCGGUGGCACAGCGGCAGCAUAUUACCUGAGGCAGGAGUUUGGACCUGGGGUCAAGAUCGAUGUAUUUGAACCCAAUGCUAUUGGUGGAAGACUAGCAACAGUGAGGAUUGGAGACUAUGAGUAUGAAACAGGAGGUGCCAUUAUCCAUCCUCUGAACCUACACAUGAAGCACUUUAUUGAUAAAUUAGGUAUUCCUCCAAGGAAGGAUGUCUCAUCUAAAAUGGCCAUUUUUGAUGGAAAAGAGCUCACAUUUGAGGAAAGUGACUGGUUUAUUGUAAAUUUCUUGCGUCUGCUCUGGCGAUACGGGUUCAACUUUCUUCGAAUGCAGAUGUGGGUGGAAAGUAUUUUGGAUAAAUUUAUGAGGAUCUACCAGUACCAGCAGUAUGGUUACUCGUUCUCCAGUGUGGAGAAACUUUUGCAUGCCAUGGGUGGGGAUAGUUUUCUUACCUUAGUCAACCAAACCUUGGAGGAAACGAUGAUAGGGGACGGAUUUUCACAGGUCUUCAUCAAUGAUGUUGUUGAACCUAUCACUCGUGUCAACUAUGGUCAAAGUGUCCGGAUCAAUGGCUUUGUUGGAGCAGUAUCUUUAGCAGGGGCAGACUCAGGACUCUGGGCAGUAGAUGGAGGAAAUAAGAGGGUGUGCUCUGGACUUCUGUAUCACAGUAAAAGUGAGCUGAUUCCAGCUGGAGUCACCUCCAUUUCAGUCAAGGUCCGACCUACAAAGACAGGCUCUACAGUAAACUACUAUGAGGUUAAUUAUGUUGGAGAGUCAGGCUCUGCACAUUCCCUGUAUGACAUUGUUGUAAUUGCGACUCCACUGCAUCAGGGUAAGUCGGACAUCACCUUCUCAAGUUUCUCCCCUCCAAUCCCCUCUCACUACCCUGGCCGGUACCACCAGACCGUUGCUACUCUGGUCCACGGUUUGCUGAAUGUGUCCUACCUCGGGACCACAGAGCCUGCCUCAGACUUCACAGUGUCUGAUGUGUUGACCACAGCCUCGAAGGGCUCCAUCAUCAACAGCCUGAGCUCUCUGGACCCUGUGCAUAUUCCCCCUGGUUAUAAACCAGGCCCUGCAAGUCAAACUAAAGUCUGGAAAGUGUUUUCUCCUGAGCCACUGACCCAGGAGCAACUACAGAACAUGUUCCUGUCCUGGGAUUCAGUAUCAGAGACCCAGUGGCUGGCUUACCCUACUUAUAACCCACCACAGCGUAAGACCCCGCCGUUCAUCCUGCAUAACCGACUGUACUACCUCAACGCUGUAGAGUGGGCGGCAAGUGCCAUGGAGAUGAGCGCCAUCUCUGCCAGGAACUUAGCCUUGCUGGCUCACCACCGCUGGCACGGUCAGACCAGCAAGAUUGAUCAGGAAGACCUGCACACCCGACUACGAGGGGAACUCUGAGGACAGAAAACUACCUGAAUUUAAAAGCAAUAAGUUCUAAUCAAUGAAAUGUGUACCUUCACUCACCUGUACUGCACUAUAAAAACACAUCAGGGUUUCAGAUAUCUGUGGUGCUCUGACCUCUAUAAUCUUGAAGGUUCAGUGUGUGAAAUUUAGUAACAUCUAGAGGUGAAUUUGCAGGUUACAACCAACUGAUUAGUUCUAUACUUCUCACCUAUGGUUUAUACAAAAACAUAGAAAGGUCCUUAUUAGAGCCCAUGAUUAUUUUGUUCUAGGGUUUCUAGGUGAGUGGAUAUUAACUGUAACAUACCGCAUGAUGGUAAUGCACCUUCAGUCCGGAUGCCGCCCACUGUAAAAUAGACAAAACAUGAGGUCUGUUCCAAUCUCCUCUUUUUCAAAUAAAUUGCUCAUUCUUAGCUAAAGAUAAAACAACAACUUUUAUUUUCAAGUCAUACAGUAGUGAAAACAUAUUUAUGAAUAUUAUAUUCACUUCCUGCAAGUAAAUCUUCUAAAUUCCCCAAUAUGUCACACACUGAACCUUUAAAGUACAGCACAACUUGGAUUUUAUUGUAAAAGUUUUGGUUAUACUUUUAUUGAUUCGAUAACAUCUUUGAACGCAGGUAUAUCAUCACACAGAGUAUUGGUUAAUGUAUUUAUUGUUUCAUUUUGGGAGGACUUAAAGCACAGAGGCAAACAGAAACAUGAACCAAACCAUCAGUGUCUCCAGCUGGAAUCAAACGGCAGCCAUAGUAACUACAGGGUAUGUGUUUUAACCACCAAGCAACCAGUAUGCCCUAUCAGACAUGAAACACUAUACAUAAAAUACACAUAUUCACCAUUAACUUGUUGCUUUUCUGCAUAUUGCUUACUUGUGAGUCAUGAAAAAAGUCUUAUCCAUGCAUUCUUCUACAAUACCAUGUCCUACCACUAGACCAUUAACUAGUAAUUACUGUUUAAUGAUAAUAGAUAAGGAAGCUGUUGUAAAUUAAUUAUCACCUUAAUUCUGUUGGCUUUACUGCCACAUUAUAUGGUCUUAAUAUACUGAGAAAAGUAUAUUAAAACGGUUAUCCACUUAUAACAACUUAGUAUCCACAAGCAGUAAUUAGGAGGUUAUUGAUGGAAAAUUAAUAACCUAGUAGACUAGUAGAUGAAGAAUAAGGUAUCAGAAAAUCCUUUCUAAUAUCUGACAAAGAGCCAAUGUGCUAGUAAUGUUAUGAGCAACUAGGUAAUGGUGAAAGUGUUUAUCAUAAUUUUAACUGUUAGUACUAAUUCCUCAUUCCAUGGAAAAUAAUGAUUGCACGCACAUCUGCGGUUACUUCAGUAACAACAGAUAGUUUGUGUUUUAUUUUCACUUGCAAAUAAGUUUGACCAACCUGUGGCUCAAUGUUGACUUAUGUCUCUUACUUUUAGAGAUGACCCAGGUCACAGAAAGACUAUAAAUUAAAUGUCAUCAUUAGACCCAUCAUUAAACCAACUAAAAAUUCAUAAUUUGUCGUUGAUGAAACCACAUCAGUAGUAAUAGUAAAGGGCAUCAAGAAUAGCACAAAUUACACUUUGAAGUGGAGUAACAUAGUACUGUGCUGAAUCUGAGAAUCACUGUGAACUAUAAGAGUGCACUGAGCUGCACCGCAGGGUAGAUGAGUAAGUCUUCCUCUUUCUUGUCCUCUUUGUGCAUUUAUAUUUUGUAAUUUUAGGGUGUUUUUGUAUGUGCAUUUCCGCUGUUGUGAAAAUGGUACUGUUAAAAUUGAGGAAAUCAGUCAAAGCAACCAGUGUUGCCACCAUUUGGCCCACAUUUUGUAUUAUUUCAUGUGUCUUAGAUGAUUUUUGGAACAUCUCAAAAUUUUGAUGUCACUUACCAAAAGUAUGUAUUCAUUCGAUUAUUUAUGUUUAGACUCUAUUCACCAUAAACUAAUAACUAACCAGGAUUAGCUAUGGAAAUCUUCUGUGCCUUGAGUAAUUAUGUCAAAGUAUUUGGCUUUUGUCUUUAAAAUAAUGAGAUGAGAAUAAUUUGUACCUGUGUUAUUUUUGAUCAAGUGAAAAUCACAUCCAGGCACCCUACAUGUCGAAGGCACCCUACAUGUGAUUCAUCUGAUCUGGGCAUUGUCGGAUGUCAUGUUUUGUUUUGUUUUUUACCAAAAUAGUCCUUACCUAAACCACUUCAAUGUGCUUUACCUACUUGACUUAUUUCUAAAGCCUUUCAGAGCUGUAUUUUUUUAGUUUGGUCAAAAUUUUAGUAGGAAAAUAAUAAUGCACUUUAAUUGAAAAAAAUAUAGUUUGACACUAAAACCCCUGCAAAAACUAAGAACAAGUGGAGUAUUGAGCUGAACUUCUACUACUCAGAACAAAUAUUUUACAAAUGGAUAUUUAAUUCAAUGUUCAAUAACACUGAAAGACUCAAAACCAUGUUGUAAGUGAUGACGCAGUUUACAGUCACAAUAAAGUGAUCUGAUUUUGUCUGCUCUG